AUGACGUCACACGGCGAUUACCAUCUCAUUUGGUAUGACGUUCGCUCCGAGCGAGACCUGUUUCAGCCAGAUCAGUUCAUUUUCGAAACGGUUCACGCAGAAUGUGCACCAAGCCUGUCUCGCGUUCGACGUGCCAAUGAUCUCUUCGAGCUACUGUCGGGAGGAGACAGGGAAGCCACCACGAAAGUGGUGGUUGCGGUGCUAGCUUUAUUGGGUGGGAACCUGAUUGCUCGUGGUCAGUGGGCUGCUUUCUUCAGCUUCGUUGGAAUAUUCUUGACGGUCGGUGUUUUCCAACAGUUGCAGGCGCUCGCAAUCGUAGCUGCUAUCGCCCUCGUUUGCCACUUUGUCAAGACUCUUUGGGAUGGAACGGUGUCUUUUGAGUGGCUUAUCACCGUUAUGGUGAUCGUGGUCCUCGCCGUUUUCUUCGUCAUGGUGGUCCGAGUGCUCUCCAAACAGGAUCCUCGCAGCUAUGUGCUGUUGAAGGAGUCCUCAGAACACACAGAACACACAGAACACAGUGCUUUGAUACGCAACCAAUGCUGCAUGGAUGUCAAGGUCCUGAGCUUCGAAGCCAAUGACAAUGUUCGGUUUGUGCCGAGGGGUGGCUUGCUCCCAAAGGGCUCUGUUGUGAAACGGGGCUGUGACAUCGACUUGGGGACCCAGCCUCCUUAUUCUGUCAAGAUCUUCGCGCCAUUUGAGACUGAGUUGGGGACGUGGACGGACGUGCAGGGCCACUACGUCUUGAGGGCCACGGCACCACCUGCGAUCAUCACGCCGAGCUCCGCCAAGUCACCAACAAAGUCCCCAAGUAGAGGGAAGCCAAGCAAGCCAAGCGAGCCAAGUGAGCUCUUCCGGAACUCGACAGAGACUGAGGUGGUGCUCUGCGUCUGUCAGCGACAGCACUGGACCAGCAGCUUGUGGCUCCCACUCUCGCAGGGCAUUGCGCGCCUGCGUUGGCCUGGCAGACUGGUGAAGCCAAACGAGGAGGUCGAAGUUCCAGCACCAUGCGUCGUCCGUGUAUACACCGGCUUAGUGAAUGUCUUCGGGGUUCACGGUCCUAUCGGGGGAGUUCUGGAACAGGCAUGUUGUAUGAUUGAGGCUGGCGAGGACGUGGAUUUCGUUGGGGGGAUCACCUGGUCGCGGCCCUUAGACCGCGCCCGGAACAGCGUGUCCUCUCUGCUCUCGCUCUCGCUCCGUGGCAAGCAGUGGAAGUAG